UUUUCCUUUUCUUGGUAAAAUGUUAGAGGUUCCAAGAUGGAGGACUGUUGCUGACGAGAAAUUGAUCGCAUAGAUCUGAAAGUUUGAUCAUUUUGUUUCUGUGUGGAGACCAACAAUGUUUUAUUUGAAGUAGUUGUCUAAAGCUAAUAGGCGUACAAAGAUGGCACAACACGAAGGACUGUUGAAAUCCUAUUUGUCCAAGUACAAACACCCUGUGGACACAAAGACAGAAAUCAUCAAUACCAUCAAAGCAUACAGAGAUUUAAGACCCAGUCUUGAACCAUUUGUGUUCAAUGAUGGCACCCAGAGGGAGCUGGUUCACCUGGAAGGGACAAUACCUGUGAACUAUCGGGGGAAUGUGUACAACAUUCCAAUCUCCAUUUGGGUGUUGGACACACACCCGUACAACCCGCCUAUGGUGUUUGUCAAACCGACAGCUUCCAUGCAGAUCAAACCUGGCCAGUAUGUCGACGCCAACGGCAAAGUGGACAUGCCUGUUAUCAGAGACUGGAGACAUCCAACCUCUGAUCUCUUGGGAUUGGUGCAGAUUCUGACCUUCACCUUUGGCGAAGAAUGCCCGGUAUUUUCCAGGUCGGCCAAUCAAAGGUCUUCUAAUCAGCCUUUGACCUAUCCCGGCCAAACACCGUAUCCCAGCAAUCCAGCAGGUGGAAUGCCUAUGCCGGGGAUGCCGCCCUACCCACCAGCGGGCGGCGUGGGAGGCCCCAGCUACCCCGGGUACCCGCCCUACUCCACACCCAGCAGCUACCCGAGCGGGGGCGGCGGAGGCAACCCCCCGUACCCAGCUUACCCGCCCACCUCGCAGAACAACUCGUACCCCCCGGUGUACCCCCCGGCCUCCGCCAACACCCCCUACCCCAGCCACAUGCCAUCGCAACAGCCGCCGGGGCCGCCCUAUCCUGGCUCAGGGGGGGGCUACCCACCCUCCCAGUACCAGGCUCAGCCUCCCUACCCGACCGCUAACAACGUUGGCAACAGCAACGGCCUGUCCCAACUGACCCCGGGCGGCACUGUAACGGAAGACGACAUCCGUGCCUCCCUCCUGUCUGCCGUAGAGGACAAGAUGAAGAGAAGAUUACGGGAGACGUUUGCCCAAGCUCAGGCUGAGAUGGAUGUACUGACAAAGACGCAGAAAGAUUUGACUCAAGGCAAGCAGAAGCUAGAGACCAUUAUCUCUGAUCUGGAAAAAGAGAAGAAUGAAAUUGACCGUAAUAUACGCUUGCUGAGAGAGAAGGACACGGAAGUGAAAGAGGCGGUGCAGAAGAUGGAAAGCAAUGAAGAGGUGGACAUUGAUGAAGCUGUGGUCACCACAACACCUUUGUACAGACAGUUAGUGGAUGCCUUUGCUGAAGAGCAAGCAAUAGAAGAUGCUAUUUAUUACCUGGGGGAAGGUCUGAGGAAAAAUGUGAUUGAACUGGAAUCGUUCUUAAAGCGGGUGCGAGAAUUAUCUCGAAAACAGUUUAUUCUUCGAGCCACUAUCCAGAAGUGUCGUGAAAAGGCCGGACUGCCGCCACUGGUGUGAUGGAGCUGCUCUCUCUCUCUUCCUCUCUCUCUCUCUCUCGUCUUUUCGGUCACUCUGUCGCUUCGGAUCCCCGUUAUUGUAACAACACGUUACUGCUUUUGCUACAACUACUAGUCGCACCUGUGUUCCAGUCUUUCUCUUUCUCCUUGUUUUGCCGCUUGGCCAGUCUGUCAUUUUUUUUUUCUCUCUGACUUUUUCUCUUUUUUUAACCUGCCUUUUGCU